ACCUUUGGAAAACUUUCAGACUCCAAAUCCUUGCUCUCAUUUAUAAAUGGUUAGUUGGGGUUCAUAUUCUUUCCAAGGAAAGGUAGCUAGAAAAGCUACAUAUAUAGAGCUGAUACAAUAUACCAGCUUCUGAACCAUAAAUAAUAAAAUAACUACCCCUCUCUUUCUCUUUCUCUAAUAAUUUGUGGUGUUUUGCCCAAAGAAUUCAGAUUUGCUUGCAAACAUUGGAAGAAAGGGAAAGAAGAUGUCAAUGGCUCCUAUAGGCAAUAAAUGCACCAGGAAAGAAGUCAAUAGAGGAGCAUGGACAGUUGAAGAAGACCAAAAGCUUGCUCAAGUCAUUGAAAUUCAUGGUCCAAGAAGGUGGAAAUCAGUGGCAGCAAAAGCAGGACUGAACAGAUGUGGAAAGAGUUGCAGACUGAGAUGGAUGAAUUAUCUUAGGCCCAAUAUAAAGAGAGGCAACAUAUCAGACCAAGAAGAAGACUUGAUACUAAGGCUGCAUAAACUGCUUGGAAACAGGUGGUCUUUGAUUGCUGGAAGACUACCAGGUCGAACUGAUAAUGAAAUCAAGAACUAUUGGAAUUCCCGUUUGAGCAAGAAAAUAAAGCAGAAUGAGAAGCAAAACAGAGGUUCAAGAAUGCAAGAAUCAGUGAUUAAGAAUUCUAAGGUAAGCGAGGUGGACUUGGUAGCGAAGGAAAGUGAAGAAGGCACGUCCAAGAGAGAUGAUGACCCCACAUCCUGCUUCAUUGGUGAUACCUUCUUCGAUUUUUAUAGCAAGGAGCCUUUUAGUUUGGAGUGGAUGAGUCAAUUUCUUGAAAUGGAUGAGAGCUGGUGUAGCUUUCCAUGACAUUGAUGCCUUGUCUUUUUACAUCAAGUUGUUGUAGUUAUGCACAUUUGUUCUUCAGCUGCUAUGGCCAAAGAGUCUUUGGUAAUCCAAGGAAAAUCCUCCAGUUUCAGUUCUCUGUCCUAAUGGUGACUAAGGUUUUUCCUUGGAUUAACAAUUGGAAUAUCAUCUUUCCUUUUUUUUUUCCCCAUCCAAGUAUAAUUCGGAUUGUUCUAUUUCAAAGGGUAGGCUUGGCUACUCCCAACAAGAAAUCUGCAAUUGUCUUGUUCAUCUCCAAUUUCGACCUUGGAACUGUCCAGAAGUGAAAGUCU